CUCGGAUAGUCAGAUAUCCUCGAGCAGCAAUUGGACCAGGGCCCUGAUCCUUUCGAAGCGCCUUUGUCGAGUAAUGUGGGAGUGAUAUAUGACUGCUCGCACAAUCUGGGGUACUAGAUUUGUCGGACGGAAAUCCUCAGUUUCAAACUCGCAGAUACCCCUGUCAUACCACUCGGAUCAUAUCCCUGAGGGAUCGCAUCACAUUUCAGCUAGGAUCGACCGUUGGGACGACUGCUUCUUAUGCACUGUAGAUAACUAACUCAUCGAGUUAUGCGCCGUCUGGUAACUCUCGCCGUGGGAAUGCAAGUGUUCCCUGGAAGCCGGAUGGCACUGUGAUAUAUACCUCCCCCCUACCGGCAAUGAGAGAUGGCAGUCGAGUUUGAUGGAAUUUUGAAUCCACACCACCAUGCGAACUGCACCAACAACAACCGAACAGAUAACACGCUUCUUUCCCAAGUCUCAUCAGAACGACAUAUCGAGCGACGAAUCACCUCACUUGCCUCGAGACGACA